AUGGGAAACAAAAGUAGCAGCAAGAAACCAAAUGAAACUCUUGAAGAAGAGUACACCUCUAUUGGUCUGCCUAAGAUCUCUGGCGAGGAUCUCGAGAAUGACCUUGAGAGAGAGCUCUACAUCGCUAUCAACAUGUGCAGAUAUAACCCUAAAAGAAUGACUAAGUUCAUGAAGCCUUUGAAAAAGCUGGAUUUACUUAGCAAGCAAGGCAUUAAAUCUAUCGAGAAAGCUAAGAAGAUGCUCAAAAAUAUGGAGCCGUUGCCUCCACUAGCCAUCUACGCUGAUGGAAUUAAGGCCUGUAAAGAGAUAAGCAACCAGUACUUUGCUGACCCAGAUGAGUUCAAGGAGGAUCCUGAAAAAGUCACUAAGGAAGCCAAUUCAAACGUCAUCAAGACUCUAGAAGAAACCAGGAAAGGGAUGGAAGUGAAAGGCGACUCAAGAGUCAUCACUGGCAUCAAAGACGAGCAGGGUGUCUUUGUCAUCCUCUCUGACAUCUGUGAGUGGGUAGGAGACGGGAAGCCAGGCCUCCCUCCCUAUCUUGAGAGGAUCCAUAAGAAGAUAGGUCUGAAUGUGUACCCAAUCACUGAGGAGAACCAAGCCUGCACAAUGGUACUAAUCGAAGAUUUCACGAAUAGUAUGAUUUAAGUUAAAAUAAUUCCCAAUCAAUUCUU